AAUGAUGUCUAUGAUACACCAUUUUCUGAAUUAAUCAGUUAAUGGAUAUGUCGUCACUGAUGUGUUUUCCAGUGAAGUAGUUUCAACGGGGAGAACCGUUAAAAGAUUAAAGCAUAAAAUGGAUUUCAAGUCGUUUUUAAAAGUAUUGUUUAGAAGUGAUAAUGUUUCCUGGACUUUUCUUGAAGUGAUUUAAGUGUCUUAAGUGGAAAAUCAAAAUGAAAAGACAUCCUACGAAGAAAAACAAAAAUGUUUAUUUGUCUACUGUGAAAAAAUACUCUGUGUUAUUUUCAUGUCAUAUUGUCUAAGAAAACACAUUGUUCUUCGACGUUAAAACAAUGGCAAGAUAUGUUUACGCCAACUGUGAUGGUAGAAAUAGUGUCAAUGAUGAAAGCGUAGAAGCUAUAAAACCUAUUUUCUAUAAUGACGUCGAUACUAGAGCCGUCCUACAUCAUCUGCUAGAACAAAAUGCACAAAAAAGAAUAGAAAUUCUGACUAGUCUGCGUAGUCUCAUUAGAAGAAAUCGCGGUAACAUUCCUUUUCACGGAACCAGUCGAUACGCAGUUUUCGAAGUUCUGAGUCAUGUCCUGGAUGAUGUUAGAUGGGAGGUGCGAUAUCAGUGUCUAUUGUUAAUAUCUUCUAUAUUGCCGCACUUGAAUGAAGAUUUGGAUCUGUGUAUGUCUCUGAUACUAUCCAAAUUGAUUUCCAAUCUAGGUCAUGAUAAUUCUAACGUUUGUUGCGUAACCGUCCAAAUUUUGCAUUGGUAUUUGAGAAAUACUUACAAUUUACAACAGUUUUUAAAAUCUUUUAUUCAGUUUGGUCUAGAGAGUGGUGAUUAUUUGACACGAAAGGGAUCCAUUCGAAGUAUUAAUGUGCUGUUUACGGAAGAUUUUGCCUGCGAAAAUUUAUCAAUUUUAAUUGAAUGCUUGGGAAAAUUAUUAAUUGAUGGAGAUACAACUUUAUUUUAUCCAGUAUUUUUGGCUAUGAAAAAAAUUAAAGAUAUUGUGGGUUUCAAUACUUUUCAUUUGUAUUUACAAAGAAUUGAUAAAGAAGCAGUAAAAAUGUAUGAAAGAAUUGAAAAGAAUUCUGGGAAAGAAACAUAUCCUUUCAUAAAUAAUAAUAAUAAUAAUAAUAAUAAUAAUAAUAAUUUAAUUCCGUCCAGUGCUGUAAAUAGCAAAAAUUGCCAUGUUAAUUCCUUAUCCAAGAAAGAUGCUAGUGUCUUACUUGAAUUUUGUGUAAUUGAUCAACAUACAUUAGAAAAAUUAUUUAGUGAGAAUUGGAGGUAUCGUGUAGAAGGCAUAGAACAAAUUAAACUUUCAAUUAAUCAAAUUUCAGACACAAAAAACAUUGUAAAUCAUUUGAAUGGAUUUUUGCAAAUUUUGUCUGUAUUUUUAGAGGAUAACAGCCUUAAAGUUAUAAUGUCCACUCUUGAUAUAUUUGAAAAUUUAAUAGAAAAGUUGAAGGAAAAUAUGAGACAGUUUCUACGAUUAAUUGUGACAAUAAUAACAAAGUAUCUUGGUGAUGGUAAAGUUGUUAUCAGAGAAAAGACAAUAAGGAUAAUCCACAGAUUAAUGCAUUACAAUCCUCCAAUUUUAGUCCUGAAUAAUAUGUUUGAAUGUAAAUACCAGCGUAACACAAGACUACGUGAAGAGUUAUUAAAUCGUGUAACAGCUGCAGUUUUAACUUUUCCUAGUUAUAACUUUGAAUUUGCAUAUUUGUGUGAAGCUGUUGCUCCUUUCCUAGUAGAUUCAAAACGGAGAGUGAGGCUAGCAGCACUAGAAUGUUUUGCCGUCCUUGCUCAAGCAAUGGGAACAUCUAGAAUUGUUUAUUUAGUUUCAGCAGUAGAUGCUGUAGAAUUAAAUUAUGAUAGCGAUGGAUUGAUGGCAGCAGUACAAGCUCGAUUAGCGCGACGUGUUUUACCUCGAUGUGCUCCAGAUGGUUCUGUUUUACAUGCUCUCACUCUACCUUCAUCAGCUGGAGGACAGAAUUGUUUUCUUUCAUAUUCUGGAGCAGAUGUUGACUGGAUUAUGUCAGCUUCUGGUCCUUUGAGCAUUUCUACUCCUUCACGUCAUCGAAGAAUUGCAACUUCAUUGCCCGAUAUUAAUAAUCCUAGUUGGCACAAUGUGAAAGAUAUACCUAUUAGUAAGAAAUUUUCACACACGACCAACAAAAAACAAUCUUUCGAAGAAUUGCCAGAUAAAAAUAAUGAAAUUACUGAUGAAUUUGUAUAUAUGGAUAAUUCAUAUUCACCCAAAUAUAUUUUUGAUAAGGAUGAUGAUAAAGAUGAUGAUGAUUUGGAUCAGUUACAAUGGCACACUACUCUCAAUCAACAUUUGAUAAAUAAUCUUAAAGAUGAAGAAGUACAGUGUGGAAACAUUUCUGCAAAGUAUAAAAAAAUGUCCAUGUCACAAAAUAAUUCAUCUCCUCUAUUACCUGCAAUCUCUUCAUCAUCGUCAUCCUUGUCACCAUCAUCAGCAUCAUCGUCAUCAUCACAAACAAGUUCUGAUCUGAACAAUACAGAAAAAGAAAUUUUAGAUGCACAUACACCAGUUGUUACAUCAGAGCUAGAAAAUUCAGAAAAGAUGAUUGCAACAGAUGCAAAUGAUGAAGAGUUGCCAAUUACAACAACUGGUUGGGGAUCAGAUGAAAAUCACGACAAAAAAAUAUCACCCGAUCCUGACUCUUCAUUUCAAAAUAAGUUAAUAUUUGAUGAAUCACCAUCACCAGCUGAUAAUCAAAGUACUAUAAUUACUAAUAUUGAUGAUUUGAAUGAAUCCACUUUCCCAUCAAAAAUGGGAAAUGUUGGAACACAUUUGUUCCAUUCUUCUGGCAAUGUAGUUGCAGUGGCUGAUAACGAUAUAGAAGAAUUAAAUAAGAAAGAUGAAAUUAAAGUUGAAAUGAUUGAGCCAGUAGAAAACAUUAUUAAAAUACCUCCAUCUGCAAAUAAUUCAUCUUCAUGGUCUGUCAAAGGUAUUGAAGCAAAUGAUGGAAUUCCUACGGAGUUAUGGCAAGGUGCUCAUGAUGUAUUACCAGAAGUAUAUGGGGAUCAUUCAAAUAUAUCAAUUUCAAAAAUUACAAGAGAUAGGCUUUUAAAACGUCAACAAGAAAUUUUGAAAGAAGCUGAAGAAAGGAAAGCGAUUCGAGAAAAGAGUCGACUGGAAAGAAAACAGAUGUUAGAAAGAAGAUUACAGGAUGAACGGGAGAGGCAACAACGAAUGCAAGAAGUUCAGAAUAAUAACAUAGCAAAUAAAGUUAUCAAUGAUAUAGAUAUCUUACCCAAUAAAAUAAACAAUAUUGAUGAGAAAGAAGAAGAUGCUAAUAAAACUGGACAGGAAGCUGAAAAUUUUGAAAAUCAUCAAGGUUAAACUUUUUUCCAUUAUGUAUAUAAAAUAAUUAUAAUCAGUGCUCUUUUUCUAAAAAAAUUACUGCCAGUAUGCAUAUAGGUGACUAAAAAUAAAGUUCUGUUUUAGGAAAAAUGUAACAGCUAAAUAACAGUUUUUAUUAUAUUACUAAUUAUUUUCUUUUUCUUUAAAUAUGAAUAUAUUUAUAUUGUAGCAUUUAUAAUAAAUUACUUUUAU